CAAGUGCAGUUAGUAACUUGCUACGUAGUUUAGAGCAGCUUCUACACAAUCCACUGAUCGAGUGUGUCCCGAUCCAAGAACUUACCACAUCCAACCAAGACUAGGUACACGUGAGACUUUAGAAACUUACAUUGGUGUGUGUUCAUUACAAUCACGCUACAGCAAUGGCCUUUCUGGUGGUAUUAGGAUUAUUAUCAAUAAUGGUAAUAUGUUCCGGAGCCGCCUCCAGACUCCACGAUGAGUGUUCUACUGAUCAUCUAGAAACCUGCAAAGCAACAGUUCUACAAUAUAGGGACGUUAAUGAAGCGACUUUAUCACAGCUCGACAUAAUGAAAUUAUGCAAAAAGUUAAGAAAUAACAUGAAUUGUAUCUUCAACUACUCCAAGAUUUGUCUGGAACCCAACCAAAGGCAUCAAUUAAGUGAUCUAAUUAUUCAAACCAGAAAUGACAUUCAUUAUAUUUGUGAAGGAGAAGAUUCCGUGGAUGAAUAUUGGGCAGGAGGAGGGUGUUAUGGAAGAAAGAAUAUUAAAAAAUGUAGUGAAGAUUUUGCUAAGAAGUCAGUAGACAAGAAAAGCAACUCUGAGGCUAAUUGUGGGCAUUAUUUGGCUUAUGAAAACUGUGUGAAGAAUAUUGUUCUCCAUUGUAAGCCUAAGGCUCAUCUGUACUUAUCAUCUUACCUCAUUGAUGAUGCACAAAAGUUGUCUUGGACAUGUUCAGAUAUGUACCAUAAAACAAAGGACUUACCCAAGACAGAAAGUUUAUCUGAUCAGAGAGAUGUAGAAGAAGUUUCACAUGUUAUCAAGGGUGUCCAGUGUAUAUCUAAAUUAAAAGGAGAAUAUGACAUCUGCCGAGAAGAAUUCAAUAAGAAAAUCAGUAAUGAUGAGACCUAUUCAUCAACUAUUAAAAUACAGAAUUGUUGUGCCUUUAUUGAAUAUGAUGAAUGUGUAAGUACUCUUGCCAAAAAUAGAUGUGAUAAAACUGGACAAUCAAUUGCCAAAAGCAUUAUUGUCCAGGCAAAACUUUUGACAGGAGACAGCUGUAACAAAUAUGAAGAUAAAAAAGUGUGUUCUGCGCUUACCAGAGUUAACAUCUCAGACCAAGGAAGAAACCCAAGUGAAGCUUCAGUGGGUUCUUCAGUUUCCAGCAAGUCCCGAAACUCCAUAAAAAGUACUCAAAGACUUCCUACAACUGAAGUGGGUAACACAAGAAUUAUGUCUUUAAGCAAGCGUUCUUCCAAAAGUGCUUACUGCCUGGUGAAGAUGCAAGGAGACAUAAAAAUAUGUCGAGAAGCAUUUGAAAAAGCUAUAGAGAAUAAGAAAGAAGGAAAAGGAGAAGAAACUCCAGCUCCUCCCUCAACGAAAGAGCACUGCUGUGCUUUUCACAAAUUUGUAAAUUGUGUGCACUCCUCAGCAAAUUAUCGGUGUGACAAGCUUGGAGAGCAACAUGCCGAAGCUUUUAUUGAGAACAUAAAGAUAACUACACAAGGUUUUUGUGAUGGAUAUGGUGAAGGACACUUCUGUUCAGCAAGUGACAAGGAUUCAGUGCCAGUUCUACUUCUUAUUUUAAGUGUCCUUUGGCUUAUUUCACCUUGGAAACAGAUUUUUUAAUUGUUUUAUAAGUUGUACAUAGGUAAAGUAGUUCAGCAGAAGGUAUGAAAAGAUAGAAAAAGAAAUGAUUUGGCUUUCUACCAGCGGGGUGGUUGGGUUAUGUAAAGUUGAACUAGAUAAUAGUUCUUCAUAAAAUUCUAGCCAAAUUGUAAUUCUAUACCAGUUUUUCCAUAACUUAUAGAUUAAAUAUUCAAUCAAAGCUAAACUUGGAGAUUUUCUGGCUAUUAAGUGAACAAUCACCACAAAUCAAGUGAUUGCAAAUAAGUAUUGUGCAGAAAGGAUGAGAAUGUAGCUAAUAAUUUUGUAACAACACUUGUAUUACUUAAAUUUAAAUUUAUAUUUUUUGUUUAUUUAAAGGUAUUAUUAUCAACACAUUUUCAAAACAUUAUUUUAGUUUGUUUUCUAAAUGUGCAUCUUCAUUUAGUAUCUUUUUUAAAAAGAUAGAUGAUUUUUUCCCUUAAUUGUGUGUUAAAAAAUAAUGUUCAUAUAGUAAUAGUCAAAAUUUUAAAUUUCUUAUCAAAAACCUUGUAUUUCACAUAUUCAAGUUGCUUUUGUAAAAGUUGUUUUUAACAAAAGACCUUAUACAUAUACUGAAAACAAGAUUAGCAUCUGUUUAUAAUGCAUAAUAUAUGUAAUGUUUCACUACACUUUCGCAUAAAAAACAAGCGUUCUAUUUUUUUUUUUUUUGUAAAACCUUUUCAUUAAACAAAAAAGUCACACUUUUUAAAAUACUAAUAAUAUUCCAUAACAUGGAAUAACAUGAAGUAUAACAUGCUGGAGUACUGAGGUAAUGUUAAGUUUAUAUUUUGUUGUGUGAAUAGUGAAUGAUCACUAUUUGCUAUUUAAUAGCUACUUCAUGAAUAUUGUAUUUUCAUGUGAAUGUGAUACUGUGAAAAAAAUUUGUAUAAUCUUGUUCUAAACUUUCUAAAACAUUGGUAUUUUUCAAAAUGAGAACACUGAAUUAAGUUUACAAAAAUAUUUAUUUGUUUUUUGUUUUUUUUCUGUAACUGAUUUUAAUGUAAGACAUGUUGAUUCCACGCAGUUCAUAACAUCAGUAUUUUCAAGACAAUCUUGGAAAAAAUGGCUUACUGCCAAAUUAAUUCCCUUGUUUGUAAGCUGUAUUCAAUGAAUGUACCCUUUCCCAUACUUUAAAUAUGGUUGCGUAAGUGAGGUCCUACAGUGAGUCAAUGGUGUAAAGAAUGUAGUUUUGUGCUAAAAAACAGCAGCAUAAGAGAGACAGCAUAUGUUCAAGACAAUCACGUUUCUACAUUCUGAGACACUUGUAAAAUAAAAAUGUUAUAGUUAAAGGAUCAGAACAUAUAACAUCACCCAUAUAUGGCUUGCGAUGGGUCAUACUUUUAUAAUGGGUUUUAGAGUUACUGUUAAAUCCUAAACAAUAAUGCUGUUUUAUCUGUUUUUGCCAUUUACACCGUCACUGAAAAUGAAGCAAUCUUAAUAAAGUUAUAUAUUCGAUCAGUAAAUAUUCUUUAUGUUAAAAAUUAAAUGAUUUUUACUAUGAAAAUUCUAACUUUAUAUACAUAAUAAAUUCUAUACUACACAUUUUUCUACACUUUAAAUUAAAAGUUGAAAAUUAAUUAUUCUCUUUAGAAAGAGCUAGGUCUAAAAACUAUACGUUUAAACUAUAUCGGGUUUUAUCAAAGGUAUACGUUUUUAUACAUAAUUGCGAGCAUGUUUCUGAUUCCAUAAAACGUUAUUCAUUGUAUGUAUAUUUGAAAUAUGGAUAUUUACAUUUGUAUGUUUUUAUACACUUGAUUGAAUAUUGAAUAAUACAUAAGUUACAUCUUAGAUUAAAAUAUUGAUGUUAUUGUUACUACUUAUCGUUCAUGUUCAGCUCUUUCAUUGUGUUUUGCAUAUCAAUAUCUCUUUGUUGGUCAGAAGAACCUUCUGAACUAAGAGUAGCUGGAAAAAUAAAUUUGUCCAAAAUCGAAGUGAAGAUUCUAAGUUACCUUUAAACUUCCUCCUAGGGUAGUAUGUAAUUCAAUUGUAUUGGUAUGUCGGUGCUGCUUUCUUUAUUGCACAAGAUAUAUCUUAUACUGACAUAAUACUUUCUUCGGUAAGUUUUAUACUGUAUUAACUUCUUUUCAUGCAUUUUAUUUGUUUUUGUAUAAAGUUUAAUCUGUCAAGUUUAUAACUUUAACUUUUUCAUUUUUACUACUAGAUUUAAAAUAUGUAUUUGGUUUUCAACAUUGAACCAUUUUUAACGAUUUUUUUUUAAAGAACAGAUUAAUUUUAAAGAUCAAUGUAUGAUUCUGUUCAGUGAAUAAAAUUUAGGAGGGCCUAUAUUGCAAAAAAUAUCUUCUCAGCAUAUUGGGGAAGUAAAACUACUAGUGCGUUAUUUUCAGACGACUUUAUUAUCCCCUCCCCAAAUAAAUAUUUUUAAUCAAGACUAGUUUCGGCUAUAAGCCUUUGUCAGAUGUCAGUUUAAAUGUUAAGCCUGUAGUUCUAUUUAUGUGUCUUACGAAUCCUGGGAGCGGUUUGCUUUAGAUUAGAGCCUGCAGAUGUCACUGGAAGAAUUUUAAAGUGGGUCAAUCAAAUUUGCUACCCGAAUCGUAUAAACGGGACUUACGAGCUUAUUAUUUCUAAUCUUACACACAGGGAAAAAAAUGCUGUAUAAAGUGGCAUAUUCGUUACAAUGCAAUAUAACCGUCACAUAAACUUAGAUUGAUGUAUAAAUUAUACAUUGUGUUUAUAUUUAUAUAUUUUACUUUCUUUUUAAACUUCAUAGUACGUGGAUGAAUAUGGUUAAUAGCCUAUCCAUUUCUUGAUAUUUUUUAUUAAUUAAGUUCUACUGGGAGCAAUUGAAACGUCUAUUAUCAAAAUAUAUAUAUCGUUGUUUUGUAUAUACAUGUAAUGAAAAAUGACCAAAUUAAUUCUGCUAAUCGCAAUUUAUGUGGGAAUUCAAGUGUUAUUUACAAUGUUAAACAGAUCAGCAACACUUUUUAAUGAUGUCCAGUUGUAUACUGUUUGGUAGUGUUUAUUGUUUACGAAAGAAAUAUAUGCAAAAAGAUUCAAUCGUUUUAUUCUUAAUCCAAUGUAAAUGGUUGAAUAAAGACGAAUGAUUUUUUUUUUUUU